UCAUGUGCGUUUUGGGCUGUCACAGAUUCACCGUCAUUGUUUAACAAUACAUGAAUCUCUCUCUCUCUCUUCGUCGGAAUGCCUCCUCCCCUACUCGCUUUGCGCACCAUGCUCUCUCCCAUCUCAGGUCUGAUUUGCUCACCCGCGCUCAAAUAGCUUGUGCAGUUCUAUCUCCACCGACUCCCAUGCCUGCAACCGCGCUGAUGGGUUUGAAAAUUGAAGUAGCUUAGUUUUGAUAACGUCAUGGAGAAAAUUUUCUAAGAACACCUGUAGAGAGAUUGUGCUCUGAGGAACAAUUCUGAGGACAAUAUCUAUAUACAUUCAACGUUUUAUUUUGAAAAAAUAACCGAAUGAUUUUCUAUACCUUCAUGGAUGACGAGAACAUUCGUGAAAACUCUCACCAACACGGAUGGUAGUGUUCUCUAAAUUGGAUAUAUGUUUCUGGACUUUUAUAAUACCAAGACUGUGCGCUCUUCUUCUUCGAGUCUCUUCUUACAUGCGCUAGAGAAGCUGAAAGGAAGUGGUGGAAGGACAGCACAAUGAGGGGCAAAUACUUUAUACUGGGUUACUUGUUGGUCAAAGUUAUGGCGCUGGUCUGCAAGGCGGACGGAGAACCAGGACAACUGGAGGGCUUUGUCAUGAUGACGACGUGCAACGGAUCCAGGGAGGACGAGGGUGCAAGCUUCUCGGAGCCCCCGCACACGGAGGACAGGUGCCGGGGGUAUUACGAUGUGAUGGGCCAGUGGGACCCGCCGUUCGUUUGUAAAACGGGCGAUUAUCUGUACUGCUGCGGCACCUGUGGCUUUCGGUUCUGCUGCUCCUACAAGACCUCGCGGUUGGAUCAGAGCACAUGUAAAAACUACGACACUCCGGUGUGGAUGAUGACAGGUCAAACCCCGUUUAAGAAAAACGACCUUCGGCACGACCCCACCAAAGAUAAAACUAAUUUAAUCGUGUAUAUCAUCUGUGGAGUAGUGGCUAUCAUGGCACUUGUUGGGAUAUUCACCAAACUCGGCCUGGAAAAGGCGCACCGACCGCAGAGAGAGAAUAUGACUAGGGCUGUCCAGAGUGUGUUACAGGUCGGUUGUCCAGGUGAGCAGUUCCAAGGAGAGGACACCCUCGCCAUGCACGCACAGAACUAUGACACAAGGGCCAACAACCUCCAAGGAGGUCAGAUUAACAACAAUGGGGGUCCAGGUCCCACCAUGGGCCAGCCACACCCCUACCCUUCUCUGAGCCAGCAACGACCUGGGAAGGAACUCAACAAGUACGCCUCUCUCAAGCUCGUGGCGGCCAAGUCCAACGGUGACUUCUACAACAAACCGCGUCUGAUGAUGGAGCUGCCAUCCAAAGGAGGCCUCCCCCUCCAACACAUGAACCCUAUGCGACCUCUUAACCCCAUGACCAACAACGCUAUGUCCCACAACCUAAUGAAUAACCCCACCAUGACCCACAAUCCAAUGAACAACCCCAUGGCCCACAACAACCCCAUGGCCCACAACAAGCCCAUGGCCUACAAUAACCCCAUGGCCCACAACAACCCCAUGGCCCACAACAACCCCAUGGCCCACAACAACCCCAUGGCCCACAACAACCCCAUGGCCCACAACAACCCCAUGCCCCACAACAACCCCAUGCCCCACAACAACCCCAUGCCCCACAUCAACCCCAUGCCCCACAUCAACCCCAUGCCCCACAUCAACCCCAUGCCCCACAUCAACCCCAUGCCCCACAUCAAUCCCAUGGUCCACAACAACCCUAUGGCCCACAACAACCCCAUGCCCCACAACAGCUCCAUGCUCCACAACAACCCCAUGCCCCACAACAACCCCAUGCCCCACAUCAAACCCAUGUCCCACACCAAACCCAUGUCCCACAACAAAACUAUGUCCCACAUCAAGCCGAUGUCCCACAUCAACCCCAUGGCCCACAACAACCCCAUGGCCCACAACAACCCCAUGGCGCACAACAACCCCAUGGCCCACAAUAACCCCAUGGCCCACAACAACCCCAUGGCCCAAAACAACUCCAUGGCCCACAACAACCCCAUGGCUCACAACAACUCCAUGGCCCACAACAACUCCAUGGCCCACAACAACCCCAUGGCCCACAACAACCCCGUGGCCCACAACAACCCCAUGGCCCACAACAACCCCAUGGCCCACAACAACCCCAUGGCGCACAACAACCCUUUGAGUCCCAUCAGCACCCUGGGUUCCCUGGGCCCCAAGCCAGUGGCCACCUACAUCACAGAGAUGCCCAGCAGUUUGCCCAUCCUAUCCAGCACCUACCAGGGCUCCACCAUGCUGACCGCACCCAAGCAGAACGGACAGAAGACCCAAAGACUCAGCAACAGUGGUGACAGGCUCAGUAAUAAAGGUCCAGGAGCCAUGACCAUGUCCAGCAUGACUAGAACGGGGACUUUCCCGGGGCCUCACCACCACACCGGGACGGUUCCUGGUCCUCACCACCAACAACACCACCAAUAUCAGCAGCAACAACACCACUCACUGGCCUACAGCUCCCACACCAUCGCAGCCCCCAGGGGGCCGAAGGGCUGGGACGGGACUGAAACGAUGGGUAGGAGGAAGGGUUACGGCUCCAAGAGGCCCCAGUGCACGGUGGAGCAGACCAAUGAGCUGCUCAGUCAGUCCCGCUCCCAGAGCCACAGUCAGCACUUCCUGCCCACUCAGCCUUACUUUGUGACCAACAGUAAGACGGAGGUGACUGUGUGAGAGAGUGGGAGAGGGGGACGAUAGUCUCCAAAGCAGAGUCACCUAUUAGGCAGAGCGGGAGAGGACAGAGAUGGUGGUGUGUAAGGCCCUGGUUGUGGUGUGUCCUGGUAGUGGGGGCCAGAACAGAGCACCCUGGUGGUGUGGCAGUGUGCUUGCAUUUGUCGUCCAGUAUGAGUGGAUCCCUGCACAAGUGACUGUCAGUCAAUCCUACACAGACCCUCAGUCAGGAGAGGGGGGCGGGAUGGUAUAUCCAUGACAACGUCGAACAGAAGUAUCCAAUUCAUUGUGUGUGUUAUAAUAUCUCCUGUGUAAUGGUAACAUAAUCAACCAAUUACAGUGAACCGUGAAUACAGCAACAGCAAAAGAAAGCAUGAGAUUGCCAUGGAUUGCGUUACCAAAUCCGACAAGCAAUAUGAGAUCUAUGGACACCGCAAUGGCUGGGGCUAAAACAUUGAGCAGGGAAACAUCAAACUGUGGGGAAGGAAAGGACAUUCAUUAAAGCGGCUCUCUCUUACAAAGCCAUUUAAUUGGUCACAGUUUUAGGGCUAUGGGUUAUGGGCUUUGGACUACGAACAUUAUGGGCUUUCUUCUGCUCUUGUAACCUUGAAACUCACUCGGUCGUCAACACAUUCUGGAGAUUAUUGUCCUGUAUAUUUGAAGAACAGUACUUGAUCACUGCUGGCCCGAAGGCAAGGAGGCAAAAGCAUCAUCUGGAGGAUAGUACUGUACUCCUGAAAAACGCAUCCGUCCUAAUGCUGUUCACACAGAGAAUCACAGAGAAUCUGUGAUCCAAUAUUUAAAAAUGUGACUACAGACCAUGGCCAGUUGUAGUGAUACAGCCAUCUUUUUACAUGUCCCUUUUUCUCUCUCUUUCAUUCUAUCUAUCCCUCUUAGAAAAGACAAACUUCAGGUAAAGAAAAUGUAAAGAGAGAGCUAAAUGUGGUUCUGAAUCAAUUCUGUUCUACGGUGUUUGGCGAGGCCCUGAAGUGUCAUCCCUCAUGUGUAUUAUUGCUACAGAAUAUUGUGAUUAAUACAAUGUGCCA